GUGGACCAGAGAAGCAAGGAGCGUUUUGUGUGCUCUCUGCGACGGAUUAUUAUUAUUACUGUUGAUAUGUAUUUAUAUAUUUUUUUAUUUGAAAAGAAAGAAACUUUACGGCGCAUUGUUUUUAACUCGUAACGGAUUAUUCCUGCUGCACACACCUUUGUGGAUGGAUAUAAAUAGGAUAAGCGGUGUGCGCCAGCGCGACCAGACCGGGAUUUAGUCUAGUGUGUGUGAGAAAGAAAUGGUGUGUGAUUAUUACUACCGCUGCUAGAUUGUGUGUGUUGCCUUGGUUACGAGCCGCGGGGAAAUUUUCGAAGACCGGCGUAUGUGCACCGGAAGGAAGCCCGUCUCCUGAGCCACGCGCUGCGCUUGUUUUUUCCGUCUUGUUAUUUAAGGUCAGGAGCGUGAGGGUUUAGCAGUGACGCUCGCGCCGCGGCCUAACGCCGGAAUCAAUGCCGGGAAGUCGUUGUCCUCCUCAGGCAGCCUAGCGAAGGUCCAGAAAGUAGCAAGCUGGCUUUUGGAAAUGAACCAGGACCUGCUGGUUCCCGAACCCGCGCCGGAGCCGGAGCCUGAACCCGGACACAUGGACCGCGAGCGAGAACCUCAGCACCGGAGGCGGGAGCGAGGCGAGGAGGAUGAUGAGGAGGAGGAGGAGGACGAAGAGGAGGAGGAGGAGGAGCCGGAGCGAUCCGGACAGCCAGAAGAGGCGGAGGAGGAGGAGGAACCCUGGCCUUCGGGACGAGAGUCGGCGAGCCGGAACGAGGGAGCGGAGGACGGCAGGAGAGGGGAAGUGAACGGAGAAGAGAAAGCCGCCCAGUGGCGGUGGGAGGAGGAGCAGAGGCGGCGGAGGCGGAGACGGAGGAACGGCGAGGAGGAGGAGGACGAGGAGGAGAACAACAAUCAGGGUGAGGAGGGGGCGGGAGAGGGACGGGUACGGACGGGGCCGCGCUCCGAGGAGGACGAGGAGGACGGAGAGAGGGAGGAGGAGGAGGAGGAAAUGGACCAGGAGAGCGACGAGUUCGAGGCGUCCGAGGACAGCGCCAGAGAGGAGGACGAGGAAGCCGAGGAGGAGGAGGAGGAGGAAGGGGCAGGAGAGACGGGACUCCACUCGUCCCCGGUUAAAACCGGAGCGCCGGAACCGAACGACAACGCAGACGUCCCGCCAGGACGACAGAACCAAAGCUCGUCUUCGUCUCAGCACACACAUCCUCAGAUGAAGAGGAAGUUGGAUCAUGGACCAGAAGUCAGACCGUUCCCUUCAGGCAAAAAGCCCUGUCCGAGUCCGACGGGUCUGGUCCCGUAUCCAUCCACUCCCACUACGUUCGGCGACUUGAGGGCUGCUAACGGACAGGGACAGCAGAGACGCCGCAUCACCUCCAUCCAGCCUCCGACGGGCUUACAGGAAUGGCUCCGUACCUUCCAGAGUUGGAGUGGGCCGGAGAAGCUCUUGGCGCUGGAUGAGUUGAUAGACAGCUGUGAGCCGACGCAAGUGAAGCACAUGAUGCAGGUGAUCGAGCCGCAGUUCCAGAGAGACUUCAUCUCCCUACUGCCCAAAGAGUUGGCUCUGUAUGUUCUGUCCUUCUUGGAGCCGAAGGAUUUGCUCCAGGCCGCUCAGACGUGUCGAUACUGGCGCAUCCUGGCGGAGGACAACCUGCUCUGGAGGGAGAAAUGCAGAGAAGAAGGUAUCGACGAGCCGUUACACAUCAAGAGGAGGAAGGUGGUGAAGCCCGGGUUCAGUCACAGCCCGUGGAAGAGCGCCUACAUCAGACAACACCGCAUCGACACCAACUGGAGGAGAGGAGAGAUCAAAUCACCUAAGGUGCUGAAAGGACAUGAUGAUCACGUCAUCACGUGUCUACAGUUUUGUGGAAAUCGUAUCGUUAGCGGAUCAGACGACAACACGCUCAAAGUCUGGUCUGCAGUCACGGGAAAGUGUUUGCGGACGCUAGUCGGACACACGGGUGGCGUCUGGUCGUCUCAGAUGAGAGACAACAUCAUCAUCAGCGGGUCGACGGACCGGACCCUGAAAGUGUGGAACGCGGAGACGGGCGAGUGUAUUCACACGCUGUACGGACACACCUCCACCGUGCGCUGCAUGCACCUCCAUGAAAAAAGGGUGGUGAGCGGCUCCCGGGACGCGACGCUGCGCGUGUGGGACAUCGACUCGGGCCAGUGUCUGCACGUGCUGAUGGGUCACGUGGCGGCGGUGCGCUGCGUGCAGUACGACGGGCGGCGCGUGGUCAGCGGCGCCUACGACUUCAUGGUCAAAGUGUGGGACCCUGAAACCGAGACGUGCUUACACACACUGCAGGGACACACCAACCGCGUCUACUCACUACAGUUCGACGGCGUGCACGUGGUCAGCGGGUCGUUAGACACGUCCAUCCGCGUGUGGGACGUCGAGACGGGGAACUGCAUACACACUCUGACGGGACACCAGUCCCUCACCAGCGGCAUGGAGCUCAAAGACAACAUCCUGGUGUCGGGGAACGCCGACUCGACCGUCAAAAUCUGGGACAUAAAGACGGGACAGUGUCUCCAGACGCUGCAAGGUCCUCACAAGCACCAGAGCGCCGUCACGUGCCUGCAGUUCAACAAGAACUUUGUGAUCACGAGCUCGGACGACGGCACGGUGAAGCUCUGGGACCUGCGCUCGGGCGAUUUCAUCCGCAACCUGGUGAGCCUGGAGAGCGGCGGCAGCGGCGGCGUCGUCUGGAGGAUCCGCGCCUCCAACGUCAAGCUGGUGUGCGCCGUCGGCAGCAGGAACGGCACAGAGGAGACCAAACUGCUCGUGCUCGACUUCGACGUCGAACUCAAGUGAAACUGGACACGAAAGCGAAGAGCGGAGGAGGAGGAAGAGGAGGAGGGCGGGGCGGUAAAAAAAUGUAAAAGAGAAGAAAAAAAAGCUGGGAGGCCGGAUCAGGCCUCCUCGCGCAGCUCCGCCACCGGACCCACCACUGCUCAUUUGUUCCUGCCAUGAAUUCGCCCCCUUAAGUGACCGCUGCUGCGAUUUUUAUUUUAUUUUAUUUUUUUGAAAGGGGAAGGGAAGGGGUGUCCUUUAAAAAAAAAAGGAAAAAAAAAAGGGGGGGCGGGACAUAACCGAUAGCGGGAACAGGAAGCGUGCCUCCUCGCGCAGCUCCGAGACCAUCACCUCCUCCAUCGUUAAGAUAGAAGGGGCGGGGCCUCUGCUCUGCUCUGCCUCUGCAUUGUCCGGAAGGAAAAAAAAAGCCCUUCCUCAUGCAGCUCCAUGACUGGCAUGUCAGGCUAGGGUCCUGUGCAGCAAAGCAUUCUGGGAAGGAAUGGGACUACUUGUGUUUUUUUUUUUGUUUUUGUUUUUUUGUUUUUUUGUCUGUCCUCGUCACUCCUGUUCUCACAGCCUUUUCUCGCUCAGAGACUCUCCGAUCGAAAGCCUGCACGCCCCAGACAGCAUUAUCUUUCUUUCAUAAAUUUUUUUGUUGGUUUAUUUUUAAUUUGAUUAUUAUUAUAUAUUUUUUUUUUAGAAAACCGAUACGAACAAGUCGACACUGUAUGCAUGACGUGAGAGCGAGGGAGCCGAGGUGACACGUGUGAUGAAUGCACGCAGGUUUAGAGUUUUUAACAGGAUUUGAGAUUUAAAUGAGAGAAACACACACACACACACACACACACACAAAGGAAGCCUCAAUACACGAGAGAGAGAGAGCUUGCAUUUCUCCGGCUUGUUCUUUCUCCUUAUUGUAUCUCCCUGCCCCCCACACACACACACACACACACACACACACAUUUUAGUGUUCAAUGCACAACUGUGAAUUUACGUGUCAUUCGUUAUCCCUCUAACCCCACCAACCUCCCUCCACCACAUACACACACACACACACACACACCAGCCUUCGGUGUUCUUGUUGCGUUUCAGUUCCUCUUCACCGUUACCUCUAUGAUGAGUCUCAGUAUUAAUUUAAAGGCGGUCUAUCAUAAAAAAAAAAAAAAAACAACUGUUAAAUUAAAUGAAAGAUCAGUGCACGAUGUUCCUCUGACGUUCCCGAGUGCGUAGUCGUAAUCGAGGCGUGGCUAAUGAAUGCGCCGCCAGGUUAGCCUCGUGCAAGCUGCAUGUCUAACUCAUCACAUUUGCCUCAAAAGACAUCGAUGGCACGGCGCUAAACCGGACGUCACACGCCGCUCUCGAUUUGUUUCCGACGCCGAGGGAGGAACAUGGUGGACUUGCUGAGUUUUUUUUUUUUUUUUCUUGUUAGACCCGAGUCUUUAAGUGCUGUUCCAGAUCCUCAGUGCGGUUUCGUUUCUGUCGUCGCUGUUCUCUUCCUCGUGUUGGCUCAGUACCGUUGCUUCAUGGGAGAUUAAAAAUUUUCGUUUUUUUUUUUUUUAACAUUUAAGCCCUUUCUUAAACCCCGCCCCUUCCUGUUCCUGUUCUCCCAGUGGCCAAACUGAACUUAAUGCUGCUAGUCACUCAUGCGGGACUUGUUUUUUUUUUUUUUUUUUGUUUGUAUUUGGUUUGUUUUAUUCCUCCACUGGCUGUGACGUUUUAGUCCCAGACUAAAUCCUAAAAAAAAAAAUGAAUAAUAAAAAAAUCUACAAAAGACACACACAAGACAUGAAAUCUGAUUUUUUCUUUAUUUUUAUUUUUAUUUUUUUUUGCCACUGAAACUUGAGCCAAAUGUGCCUCUACGAGGCUGAAAGAAUGAGCGAGGAUCCGAUGAUCACGGACAGUUACGCUGAGUGUGUGUGCCGCGUGUCUGUGCGUGUGUGUUUGAGCAUCGUUCACACAUUCCUUGGGACGGAAGUUCUGUUGGGGACGUGUUGGAUGGAUUUAUUAUUUUUUAUUAUUAUUAUUUUUUGGAACAGCAGACCGGACCGGCGGAAAGAUAGACGGACUCGCUCGUCGCUCUUUCCGAAGAGGGGACAAAACAAAAAAAAAGCGUCAACGUAGCCAAACCUGUUCGUCUCAUUCUCCGAGUCACACACUCACGCUGAACUGUGAAACUGGUUUAACACUGUAUAUUACGAUUUAAAAACAAACAUCAAACAAAAGAAAAAAAAAAGAAAAGUUCUUUCUCCAGUUUUUAGUUUUUAUUUAUAGUCUGGUUCAUGAAAAUCAGAUGAUGGAGGGUUUUUUUUCCCUUUUUUUUUUUUCUUUUUUGAUUUUUUUUCCAGUCCAAACUGCCUGAUGUAACAGACAGAUUAAAAAAAUACAGCAAACCUUAAAGGGAUUGUCUAUUAGAAUUUUUUAUUUUCUUAUAACUUAAGUGCAAUAAAAUGUGGGGUUGUUGUUAUUGUUUUGUUUUUUUUUUCUCUUUUUUUUGUUUCAUUUCAAGCUUCUUUUUUGUCACUGUGUGAAAGUGUCAUAUGUGCCCAAUAAAGCUUCUACGGUUUAUUGUA